AUGAGGGGCAAGUACGUGAUGAUGUCUUCCUUCCUUUUUUUCCUCUCGCUGCAUACGGUGCCGUGUGAAAAGCUGGGCAUCCAGAAGAAGAAAAAAAAUCUGGAGCAGGAUGCCAUGCACGCGUUGAUGAAGAAGUUGGAAAGUUUGUACAAACUCAGCGCGACGGACAACGGAGAAAUUUUCAACAAAGAAAUUGAUGCUUUAAAGAAACAAAUCGAUCAACUGCAGCAACAUGGUGGGGAUAAUGAAGGGGAGAGUUUAGGCCACCUUCUAGAAAACGAGGCGGCAGACGAUUCGGGCAAGAAAACAAUUUUUGGAGUAGAUGAAGACGACCUGGAUAACUACGACGCGGACUUUAUCGGGCAAGGGAAGAAAAUUAUAACGAAGGGGGCGGCUGACAAAGAAGAAGAAGAGGAAGAUGAUGAGGAUGAAGAAGCUGUUGAAGGGGAUGAAGAAGCUGGUGAAAGGGAUGAAGCAGAAGCAGAAGCAGUAAGAGGGGACACUUCUCAUCAAUCAGGUUCAGGUGAUUUAACCCCAAGUCCCCCUGGAUCUAGUGAACGCGCACCAGCCGUUGCACCAGGUGAAACUCCCAGGGUUACUGCUACAUCACAGGGGCCCUCACAAACGCACAACCCAGGAUCAUCUGGAAACGCAGAACCAAAUUCCGCAAGUGCGAGAACCCCCCCAGCAGCCGCGGAAGCUCCAUUACCACAACCGGCAUCACCAGAUGUAAGCACCUCUGGGGAAGAAUCUCCAAAUGGACGCGUCCCCAAUGUGAAGUACCUGGACAAGCUCUACGACGAAGUGCUUAAAACGACGGACGCAAAGGACGAAAUUCACGUCCCCCCCUUCCACAGCAAAUAUAACGAUUUUCGAAAGAAGUACGAAUUUACGAUGAACGAGAGGGAGUACCAGAUUGUAAAAAACCUGUUUGACGCCUUCUUCAAGAAGGAUGGUAACCCCAGCCCUGCUGACGCAGUCAGCUUUUUUAAAAAGAUGUUGAAUGAUCCAAAUGUACAGAAAGAAUUUGACAACUUUGUGCAUGGCCUGUACGGAUUUGCAAAACGCCACAACUACUUGAGGGACGAGAGGAUGAACCUGACCGACGCGCACAAAAGUUUGUUUGUAAAUACGUUAAGUUUGCUGGACACCCUUCAGGCGAAGUGA